AGUCGGGGGACUCGAAUGAUCUCGGCGCUGGGUCUGUCCCUCCCGGGGCCUGGGCGCUCUGUCCGCCUGCAGCUGGCGGGAUACAGGGAGCUGCCACCAAACGCCUCCGCCCCGCCCCAGCUUGAGCCCCGCCGCUUCUGCUCUGCAAGGCGCAGGGCCCGGCUGCUGCGGGGGCGGUUGCGAGCGCUGGCGGCGCGUUUCCUCCCGGCGCGCCGCGCAGGGGACGGAGUUCACCUGCAGGAAGGAGAGCAGGGCAGGGCCGGGGACGGUCCCAGACGGGGCGGGCCGGGGAGCGCUCGCCCAGCGCGGAGGCGGGACCAGGUGCCGGGCUGGGAAAGCGCUGUGGGGCGGCGAGCUGGGGGCCUCCGCUGGGCAGCAGCCAGGCGGGCGCUCCUGCCGCAGCCAGGGGGACCCCGAGCCCCUGGCCAUGGCCCGGCGUUUCCUGGCGCUGGUGGCCGGCUGCCUUCUCUGCUCGGCAGUCUUUAUAACAGGAAUAUGUGUGUGAACAUUGUCAUCACGGAGUGUGACUUCUCUUCUCUGCCUGUAUAUGGAGAAUACACCUUGCGAGUCAGGGCUGAAUCAGAGAACGAAAAAUCAGACUGGGUGAACAUCAUCUUUAAGCCACUCGAUGACACAAUCAUUGGACCACCUGAUGUAAAAGUGAAAUCUGAAUCCGGAUCUUUGCAUGUAGAUUUCACAGGCCCUGUCGCUGUACAAGAGUUGCAUGAGUGGCCUUUAAAUAAAUAUUAUGGCUCUUGGGUUUACAGGGUGCUAUACUGGAAAAAAGGCAAUAGCGAAGAGGUUAUAACCACAGAUACUAAAUAUAACUCAGAAAUAUUAUCUGGUUUGGACCCUUGGACAAUAUAUUGCCUUCAAGUUCAAGCAGUUAUUCCUGAAUGGAACAAAACAGGAAAACUGAGUGACGAGUUCUGUGAUAGGACAACUGAUAAUGGUGUAACUCCAGUGUGGAUAAUUCUCACUGUUCUUCUAGUAUCAAUGUUGGUUGUUCUAAUAUCAGUUCCUGCCUGUUUCUUUAUCUUUUCAUAUAUAUAUCAACAGGCCAGAUAUGUCUUCUUCCCUACGUAUUCUUUUCCACAACAUCUGAAGGAGAUUCUGAUACCGUGUAACUCAUUCAAACUGCUCUCUGCUUAACAGAAGGAUGGUCAUGUUCCCUGACAAAAAUGAGUAACAUUCACUACUCUGUUGUUUAUGUGAAGGUGUCAGAUAUCUCUGAAACUCUUACGUAUUAAGGGAGAGUAACAGAUGGGUCAGACUGGGGAGAAAAGGAGUGGUACUCUACUAAGCAUCACACCCAAAUAAACUCUGCCCAUGUGACUUGCUAAAAUGAACCGUUGUUCUUACCAGAUUGAAAAGGUGUUCAGUAUAUGAUCGUUUCACUCUGAGCUCUACUGGGACCCUUGAGCUUGGCUCUCUCUUGAUUGGUGUGUGUGUGGAGGGGAAUUGUUAUAUCUCCCAAAUCCCACCCACUUGUUGUGUCAAGAUGAGACAUCUCUCACACUAAAUUGUAUAGAUCUGUGAUCCUCCCUCCCUCCCUCCCUCUCCUUUACUUGAGAAAGUAAUGUUGACAUUUAAAUCAUCUUUACUGGACAUCUAAUUUAACACCUCCCUGAGCUGAAUGGGGCAAUUCACACCUCUAAGGUCUAUUGUUUGAGUCUCUCUUCAGACUUCUAUUGUUUAGGCUAUGUCUAUACUUAGGGCAGGUCUACGUUAAAAAAAUUAGGUCAACCCAGAUACCUCACUCAGGGGUGUGAAAAAUCCAACCCCCUGAGCGACAUGAGACCAACCUAACCCCCAGCAUAGACAGCACUACCACUUCUCAGGGAAGUGGAUUAAGUACAGCAAUGAGAGAACACCUCCUGUCACUAGUGAAUGUCUACACUGAAGCACUACAGCAGCACAGCUGCAACUGUGCCUCUCCAGUGGUUUAAGUGUACAUAUAGCUGCGACACACCAGGGUACAAGCCAGACUAAGGAGUAGCAGUGUCACCCCUGCCCUCUAACCUGGGGUCCCCUUUACAUUGCUUUGCGGCUCUAGCGUCUAGCCUGGACUGCUCACAAACAGCCGCCAGCAUGAAAGUCACUCCCAGCUAUGUCUGUGUGUGUGCUGAAGCCAGCCAGACACACCUUGGCUCUUACCAGCCUUGGCUAUACUGCAGGGUGACCCCAAAACACCCCCAGUAUUAGAUUUUUGCUCCAAAAUGUAUGUCCUGUACUGCCCAGCCCUCUCCUGGACAAUGCAAGUUUAUAUAAAGUCCAUCAUUUUAUUACUAGAAAUGAUAUGCACACAUCUUGUUACCCAAAAUGGAGUUUCCCAGACACUUCAAUUUAAACACACUGGAUUAGAUAAAACAAUAAAACAAGUUUAACUACAAAAAAGAGAUUUUAAGUGAGUACAAGUAAUGAGGCAUGAAAAUCAGAAAUGGUUACAAGAAAAAUAGAGAUAAAAUGCGACUGGUGCCUAACUUAACUGUUGAAUUCAAAGCAAGGUUUUCUCAUCACAUGCUUUCAGUAAUCCUCUUUCAGCAAACCGCUUAGGUCAGGACCCUUCUCCAGUUCAGUGGCUGCUUUCUCUGUCCCUCCUGGUCAGUGAAUUGAUGGUCAGAAAGAGAGAGAGAGAGGAAAGGGGCCACUUGGGGUAUCUGCCCCUUCUUUUUAUAGUUCUAUCCCCCCUUUGAGGAGCAUUUCCAGCUGGGAGUAAGGAGACAGGUAGUCUGUGUGAAAGGGAACUCCAUGUUGUUUCUUUGCUAAAAUGUAGAUUUUUUUGCUCCUGCCCCCUUUCCUGCCAAAGAAUGGCCACUUAGCAAGUAAUGGUCCAUCAGCUUUGUUUACACCUGACUGAGGUAUCUGCUUGCCCUUUGUCUCCAAAGAACUCAUUUGGCUACUUCUUGGACUUCUCUGGAAAACAUACAUUUUAGUCAUGGUCUCUCAUCUUAUGUUUAUAACUUCACAUAUAAUGCUGCUACAUGCAUUUUGCUGUGAUAUUUUUGAUCAGCAAAUUACGAGUUUUUAAAUUAUACCUCACAAGGCAUAGUUUGUACAAAGAUCAUUACAAUAGUGUGCAGGGGGUGAACACCGGUACAUUCUGUCACAAUAGCCUAAUACACACAGUAAAUUGUUCUAUUUGUCUUAAUUAUUUUAUUCUAAUCAACCACAUUUCUGUAGAUGGUAUUUGUUUUUGCAAACUGUUUGAGCAACAGUUUGAGAGAUCAGCAAAAUAGUAGUUGCCUAGAUUAUGUGAAUUUAAAAUAUAGGCAUAUAUGCAGGGGGGUAGCUCCAGUCAGGCCAAUGGGGCCACGCAUGCGGCGGUGCAGGGGGAUUCCAUGCCUGCCUCAGGCUUGCAGUUUCGGGGGGUAGCACCCCACCCCCCAACAAUGCCCAUGAUUUAAAAGUCAAAUAAAUUUUUGCUGGAAACUCCAGAGACAUUAAUAGGACAGACAACACUUUCCUUUUGUUAUCAUUGUACAGUUCUCACAAAUGUUUAAAUUACUUAAAGGAAAAAUGUUAGUAUGGCUCUGCACUGCAUUUAACCCUCAUGGGAGUAAUAAUUCAGGAUUAAUGUGAUUUGCUUUGAUAUAGAUUCCAUCAGAAUUUUUUACAAGGAUGUAUUAAAAGUGGUAAUAAUCAUUUCUAUAUUUUGUUACUGUGGUGUUAAUCCAGAGAGAAUUCUUUCAGUGCAUUGGAGUACCCAUUGCUUCUUGAAUGAGCAUUGUUAUGUAUCAAUAGCAAGAUUAAAGUGAAUCUGAUUAAGUCACAUUGGAGGAGAAGUUGUCCAGUGCAUGUUGAAUAGCAAGUAAAAAUUAACAGAUACACUUUAAAGUGAUCUACACUUAAAAUUUUUGGUGGCAUAGCUCUUAUGGGGGGGAGAAGGAUAGCUCAGUGGUUUGAGCAUUGGCCUGCUAAACCCAGGGUUGUGAGUUCAAUCCUUGAGGGGGCCACUUAGGGAUCUGGGGCAAAAAUCAGUACUUGGUCCUGCUAGUGAAGGCAGGGGGCUGGACACAAUGACCUUUCAAGGUCCCUUCCAGUUCUAGGAGAUAAGUAUAUCUCCAUUUAUUUUUUUAUGGUCAGGGGUACAAUUAUUUGCCCCUACCCCAACCACCAAAGUUAUACCAGCAAAUGCUCUAGCAUAGAUGCAGUUAUACUUGCAAAAAAGUCCUUUUGCUGGUAUAGCAUAUUUCAUUCAGAGAACUAGUAUAAGCCAUGUAGAUGAAAGCACUCUUUUUACCAAUAUAAGCUGUGUCUAGGAGGGUUUGCCAGCAUAGCUAGACCUUUUCUAGUGUAGAUGAGGCCUAAGACAGUGAGUCACCAGUGCAAGGUCUUUUUAAAGACUGCUCAGAAAAUUAACUGAUGCUGUAAAGAGGAACAAGCACAGUUUGAUUAUUUCCCCUCU